AUGGCUGGGCAGGUUGAGAUCGAACUCGAUAACGGCGAAAUUCUCGAUCCCCUCUCCGAUGAUGCCUCCUCCUCGACCGACCCAACGAUUCUUCUCCGCGAAGGGAACCAAGAGCACGACAUCAUCACCACGUGUUUCCUCUCCGGCUUAAGCGCCACUCUCGCUAACGCCACCACGAUCAUCACUAUACAUAAGAAAUCUCCGAAUGCGAUCACCAUGAGAGCCAAGUCUCUAGCCUUUCGCAUCUUCACGGAGGCCAUGGCGAGGAAGAACGGCGGAGAUCCAAACUUCAAAUACGGUUGGUACGCUGGCUACAGAGAACAGAUCGAACGCAUCGUCACAUACGGAUUCAGCAGCAGCGAGAUGAGAUCGAUGAUGAUUCGUCUCAUGGAAUCGGACGAACUCUCUGCGUUUCAGACUAAAUUAGGGAUUAGGAGAGACACAUGCGAAUAUGACCUGGCGAUUUAA